CCAACGGCUGGAGGCCUCGCGAGAUCCGGGGAGAGGAGGGAGAUCCAAGCGGAGAGCGGCUGCCUUCCCAGGCGAACAGCCGGAGACAGAAUGGAUGAUCUCGGCGAAAAUACCACAGUCUUCUCAACCUUACGCUCCUUCAACAAUUUUUUGUCGGAAGGUUCAGAUACAAUACCCAAGACGAGCGAGCCAAGCUCUGUCUCUAGAAUGUUGCAGUUGCAAUACGAGCAGAGAAUACAGGCUGAAGAGCAGGCUGACUACGUUCGUUCCCAUUCACGCAUUCUAGAGGUGGAAUGGGAGAAACAGAAGAUGGAGGUCUGCCAUAAACGGGCUAGGAUUGAGUUGGAGAAAGCAGCACAAAAUAGUUCCUGGAACUAUGAGCGGGAGGCAGAUCGCAACCAGGAACUAAUAACGCAGGUAAAACAACUGCGGGAGAAGGAAGCAGAUGUUGAGACAAAGUUGAAGGAUCAGAUUGAUAUGAAUAAGUCACUGAAAGAGAACCUUGGGCUUCAAAGCAAGAAGCUCCAAGAAAAAGAAGAAAAGCUUGCUGAAGCUAAUCAGAUGAUUGAUGUCCUUAAGGCUAAGAUAUCAGAACAGCAACAGCAACAGAUGGCUCAGGAAAUGCAGCUGACAACAUUGCGCACGGAGCGCCAGGAGCUACAUGAGCAAGUGGAAGUGCAACACAAGAAGUGGCAAGAGGCUGUACAAAAGAUUCAGACUCUUGAAGCAGCUCAAGUGGUUAAUGCUGAGAAUGAGCAGAAAUUGAAGGAAUUAGAGAAUAAAAUGACUCAGCAAGAACAAGACUCUGUGAUUGUGAAGAACAUGCGGUCAGAUCUAGGUCGAAUCCCUGAACUGGAGAAAGAGCUUCGACAGCUAAAGGAGAAGAAUGCCUAUUGCAGGGAGGUGGAAGAUAACAAUUCACUGCUGAAGGAAGAAUUAGAAAGUCUUCGUAAAAAGCUUGAACGUCUCGAGAAGUUAAAGGAAGAGAAGGUUGCUCUGGAAUUGGAAAAUGAGAAAUUACUGGCUAAGUUGCAAAGUUGGGAGAAUGUGGAGCAAACUUCAGGAUUAAAUAUUCGGAGCCCUGAAGAUCUUUCACGAGAAAUUGUUCUGUUACAACAGCGCGAGCUUCUCCUCAAGCAACAGAACUCUUCUGUCACUACCAGUGCUCGAAUGUUGGAAAAAACUCGACAGCAGCUUCAGGAUGAUGCUUUAAACUUGCGGACACAGCUUCUUUCUGAACAGAAGAAACGUGAGCAACAGGAAGCAAAUGCUCGACGUAUGGAGAAGCGCAAUAUUUUACUUAUCAAGGCUCGUGAUGGGAUGAAAAGCAUUUUGGAUUCUUAUGACAAUGAGUUGGCCAGCAAUUAUUCACCACAGCUGAAUCGAAGGGUCCGUGAAGCAGAGGAUAUGGUGCAUGCACUACAUACUCAUAUUUCAGAGCUGGAACAUCAGCUAUCGCAAGCCGUGGAGGAUGUUGGCAACCACAAGUUAAAAGCGCAGACACUUGAAGCAGAAUUGAGUGUUCUUCAGAAACAGGUUGCUGUGGCUGACCAGGGCAUCACCAUAGAAGAGGGGAAUGAACUAAGGCAGAAGAUUGAAGAGCUGGAAGCCGAGAGAAGCCGUCUUGAUAAAGCGAACAAGGUCUUGGAAAUGAAACUGGAGCGAUACACCCUUCAGGGUGAUUAUGAUCCCACAAAAACAAAGGUGCUUCACUUGAGUAUGAACCCUUGCAGUUUGGCAAAGGAACAUCACAUCACAGAGCAGAAGACCCUAAAGGAAGAAUGUGUGAAUCUCCGAGAACGGGUGCGGAUCCUCGAAGAGGGCAUAGUCCCUGAACAAUUGGGGUCACGAACCAAUCUGCCACCGUCUCAGGAAAUUGCAGAGAUGCGCAAACAGGUGAACAGCGCGGAGUUAAAGAACCAACGAUUGAAGGAGGUGUUCCAAAAGAAGAUUCAGGAAUUCCGAGCUGUCUGCUACACCCUGACAGGUUAUAAGAUUGAUGUCACUACUGAGAAUCAGUAUAAGCUAUCAUCAAUGUACGCAGAACAUCAAGAUGAUUGCCUAAUGUUCAAGGCCGCCAACAGCCUGGGAGCAAAAAUGCAGCUUCUGGAGACAGAUUUCUCAAAUUCCCUCACUGAGCUGAUCAACCUUCACCUGCACCAUCAGAACAGCAUCCCAGCAUUUCUCAGUGCCAUCACCCUUGACCUCUUCAGUCGCCAAACAUGUGCUUAGCGCACCAGGAAAACAGCUUGCAUUUUUGUGAUUGAAGACAUCCAUUUUUAAUUCAUUGUUAUGUUGUUUUAGGAUAGUGUCAAUUAGACACCAAUUCACCACUUAGUUAAAUUUGCGGUGGGGGGUUUGCUUAAUAUGUUUUCUGAGCAGUUGUUUUUGCUUUAGUUGUGUAGUUUUAAUUAAUGUGUUCUCCUUCACUCAUCGUCUGGCAGCUUGAAAGGGGAUUGAGCAGAGCGUGAACUCCACAGCUGCUGAUACCAACACAGCCUUGAGGGAGAUUUCUUUUCAUGCAGGGAGCUAGGCAGAUGCCUGUUUCUCAGAUGGAGGGACUUCAGAGUGAAGGACAUGAUUAAGAAAUGAUGGAACUCUUCUCACCAGUUCUUACAACGCAAGUAUUUAACUGCUGAGCUGUAUUGCUACCAUGCUGUACUUGCUAAAAUUCCCUGCACAAAUCAGGGCACCCUGUUGCUCAUACAGCUCUUCAACCAAAAAACAUCUAUCAAGAUAUACUUGGUGCAGUCCAUCAUAUAAAGAAACAAACUUAUGUCUAUUCAAUUUUCUCUCUAAUGGAAUGAAGCAAAUUUACCCUGGCCUUUCUUAUUCAUACAUUACAGUGAAAGCUAUAGUGACUGGACCAAGUUAAUUCUGACAGGAAAAAUGCCACACACACCACCCAACCCAAUUAAGUGGGAGGGCAGGAGGGCUGACAGGAGUUCCAGCCAACCGGCACAAGUCAUUAAUUCAGCUCAUUAAUGGGCCCAAUGACACCGGUUAUCCAUAAACUCCACGCAAUUUACAGGUGAUUCUGGAAUUAACUCUGUCACUUACAGGUGUGGGCCUUGGGCCUCGGAUUUGUGUUGUGCCAUCAGCUGUCACUCCUGUCACUGGGAGUGUGAGAAGCUGCUGGCUUCCAUUGCUGGAUACCUGAAUCCUGGAGAAAUCCUACCGGCAGUCAAUUACCUGCCUGAAGCACCUUUACUUCCACCAGGCCUCACCCACAGAACUGGUGGGAGUUUCCUGCAUGUCGCCAGCCAUUGGGAACACCACCACCACCCCCCACCCCCCCAAAAUCAGCCCCAUCAAAAUCCCAGCCCCUGUAAAACCUGCUAACAGCAAGUAAGGUAAUUACUAAGGCAUAGAGUGACCAUGAGCGGGAAGAGUAUUGCCAGAGGCUUUUAUGAAGUAUGAUUGAUUUAGAAAUCCAUGUGAAAAGUUCACAGUAACAGUAAACCUUGGUGAUUUUAUUAAUAUUGAGUGCUUAAUUUUAGGAAAUAAUAUUUGAUUGCUAUUGAAAUACAUUCUUUGAAAUUAAAUAUUUUGCCCCAAAUCUUUUCACAUCCACGAGGAUCAGUAUUUAAUUCAACAGUGAUGGGGAAGCUAAAUGCUAUUCAUCUGUCCUCACUUUGCACCGAAGCGUGUGCUACUUCAACAUGACAUCACUAACCAGUGAUGAAAUGGAAAUAUCAACUAUAUGUUCCUUUCCCAAUUGAAGAUGCCUAGUGUUUAUUUUUUUCCUUAUUGAAUAACUCAGCAAACAAGCAUCAAACCUGCUGUAUUAAGGCAAUGAUUGAGCCAGAAAGGGAGUAAAAUAAUCUAGGUUUCUCACACGUUAUAUAUCUGUCAUUGCCACUGACUCUACAAAGAUGGAGUUGAUGUAUUUGGUCUGUGAGAAGUUCAAGAUGUACAUAAACCUCUAAAUUUUUUUUUGCAAAUAAAAAACGCAGAAUAUUGAAA